UGAGCACGAACAGGGUGGCUGGAGUGUGCUUAGUUAAAGACAUCAAUUGAUUCUGUGAUCGUUAAGGAAAUGCUGGUGUAAGCUCUUCAGGAGACAAUGGAGAAGAAAUGGACAUACUGUGCUGUCUACUCCAUCAUCCAGAUACAGUUUGUCAGGGGAGUAUGGGAAAAGGGACUUAAUGCAGGAGAAGAUGUUUAUGCUGUUCCUGGCUCUGAUGUCAACAUGACUUGCCAAAUACAGCUGAAAGGCUUGUUGGUACAGACACAGUGGUCAAAGGUCAGCGAUCAGAUGGACCUCAUUGCCCUUCAUCAUCCCCAAUAUGGCAUCCACUAUCCCCACAAGCAUUCCUGCAAGUCAGUAGUGGAUUUCAGACAAAUUCCGGAGAACAUAACGAUAUGGACUCUGCUCUUAAGAAAUGUAUCUUCCUCACUCAGUGGAAAGUAUGAGUGUAGCUUUACUCUCUUUCCAGAAGGCAUUUGGACUAAAACCUAUAACCUUCUCAUUCAGGCACCUGUUACACAGAAAGAAUGGAGCAGCAAUCACACAAUAGAAAUAGAGAUAAAUCAGACUCUGGAAAUACCAUGCUUUCAAAAUAACUCCUCGGAAAUUUCGCCUGAGUUCACCUUUACCUGGUUGGUGGAAGGUAAUGGAGCUCAGGAAACUCUCAUCCAAGAUCACCACAUCAGCAGUUCCACGUCUUUUAAAGACAGAGUGAAGCUCUGUGCUGACCACAGACUCUGCCUCUCCCCGGUCCAAAUCCAUGACGAUGGUCAGAAGUUCUCUUGCCAAGUUCGACUCAGGCCUGGCAAAAUCUUGAGGAGUUCCACCACAGUCAAGGUUUUUGCUAAACCAGAAAUCCCCAUGAUUGUGGAAAACAGCACUAUGAAUGUCCUGGGAGAGGUGAGUCACUUUAAAGCCUUUGAAAAUCUAUAGUAUUACAUGCCAAGGUGUUUGGGUUGCACAGCUGCCAGGAACGUUCCCUCAGAGGACCUUACUCCUGGGCUCUUAGCCAAGUAACUGCUGAUGGGCACAAAGGGAAGCUGAGCUGAUUCUGCAAACUGAAUGGGGAUCCUUACUUUGAGUUGGGGCUCUCAGAAGGUGUGACC